AUACGGCACAGAUAUUCCUUGUCGACUCGACAAAUGAUGUUACUUUAAGUGGUCAGUUGACGUCAUCGUUAGCGGCGCUUCUAUUAGUAUUCAAAUAAGUAAACAUUAAAUCAAUUUUGUAUCUGAACAAGAUUAACUGGGUUUAGAGUUUUUACCAGUUUGCGUUAGAAUACGCGACGCGCCGGUCGUUGUUGUAAGUCAAAGUUUUCGGAGAUUCCUAAAAUGUUGAUGCCAUUGACGUUUAUCUCUGUUUUAUGGCCAUCCACCUCUUCUUCGUCUUUCAUGUUUGGUUUUCCGCUUAACAACGAUUUUUUCUUUCGUGAUCGUUUUCCGGCUUUGAGUGGUUUUUUCAUACCUCCUAGUAUUGCGCUGCCUCCUACGACCACAACCCUUUCCACAACUACUACAUCUAGUCAUCUAACAGGUUCAAAUUAUACAAGUUAUUUAUUGCAUAACCUAAACUUCGAUGAUACCUAUGAUUAUGAUGAAUAUGAACUAGAAGAAAAUUAUGUGGAUUAUGAAGACGAUGAGGAUAUUGGACCUCUUCAACCUGAUGAUCAAAUUGACGAGGAUGAAAGUGAAAAACAGGUCGAUACGUCAACUGAAAAUACCACCCUUGAACGAGUGAGCCAAAACAUUACGCCGCAAUCUGACCAAACUGAAUAUUUAACUGCUAGCUAUUGGAUAUAUGAUUAUGAUCAACAAAACGAAACUCAUUUCCCAAAUUAUCCAAAUGAUUUGACAUACAAUGAUACAUAUUGGGACAAUUUACAAACAGAUGGGGAAUAUAAUCAAACUGACUGGGAGGGAAACUACACCAAUUGGGAGGAUACCACACCUCAAAACCUGAGCGAUUGGGAAGAAGAAAAUAAUCAGACAGCAGGGACAAAAUCUCAGUUAAAUUACACACAAUUCCGUCAAGAUCAUGAAAAAGUAAAUGGUCAAAGAUUAAGUGCCAGUCAAAGCGGUUUUGAUGCGUUUCAAAUUGCAAACAGUACUAAGCAUCGAUUGUCUGAUGUGUGGCAAGGUGCAGGUUUUGGUGUGACUCAAGGUGCAGGAACUAUUAUGCGUCAAGGUCAGGGAUCUUCUGUACGGCAAGGUGCAGGAACUAAUGUGCGCCAAGGUACAGGUUUUUCUGUAAAUCAAAGUGCAGGAACUAAUGUGCGUCAAAGUCAAGGAUUUGCAGUAAGCCAAGGUGCAGGAGAAGCUGUCCACCAAGGCGUAGAGUUUAGUGUAAGCCAAGGUCCAGGAAGUAGUGUGCGUCAAGAUCAAGGAUUUGUAGUUAACCAAGGUGCAAGAGAAGCUGUAAGUCAAGAACAAGCAAAUGACACCUUUGUGAACAAAAGUCAAGUUAAGUCAAAAAUGGGUGGGAUAACGGGCCGUAUUCAAGUUAAAGAAAAAACAAAAGUUUCUAAAUGUUGUCCAUUAAAACAAGGAUACGAUGUGAAGAAAAAACGUUGUAUUGACGUAUCCGACCUAUUUAAUCCAUUGGUGUGGAAUGGAUUUUAUUUUGAAACGGUGAAUGUGAGUCAAGAAUUCAGAUUUCGUAUUGGUAAAGUGAUAUGUCACCAUCAAAAUGAGGAAUUUAUGCAGGCUACUAAUAUUUCAAGAGUGUUGUAUGUCAGAUGGACUGGAGAGCUUACCGUAGAAUCUCCGAGCCACCGCAUCCCGUUUCGCAAUUACCAUCCCAAUAAAUACUGCAUGGAUAACUUUAUAGAUGGAAACCGCACUGUUUUCGAUGCUUUCAUCUGCUACGUGAAGCCAAAAAAUUAUACACAUUCUACUUUGAGCUGUGUUUGCAUGCUGUUGACUUGUUUCUUAAUUUUGCUGCGAGUGAUUCUGUUCGCGUGGCUACCGGAGCUUCGGACUCUCCACGGCAUGAUCCUCAUGGCCUACCUCAUCAGUUUCCUCAUCGGGUUCAUGCUGUUAGCCAUCAUCCAAAUCAUGUAUGAAUUUGAUGCUAUUCUCCAAGAAGCGUGCACUGGUAUUUGUAAGUAUCGAUCCAUUUCCACCCAGAAACAGAUUCAGCCAUACAUAGCUCUGUUAGCAGUGAACCAUUUCAUAGAGCGCUUACAUAAUUUAGCUAUUUAUUUUCAGCCUAUCUAUUAG